AGGAAUCAAUGAUAGUUUAAAUACGAUGGACCUGUUCUUCUUCUUUCUAUUUCUUUCGCUUUAUUUUAUCAUGUAUACUAUACCAUUUUUCUUCUUUUAUCUCUUUACAUAUGCUGCAUGUUCCCCUGUCUUAUCAAGAUUCUUUAAUAGUAUAGGUUGCACAAGAUCAAUCCACCAAGACCUUGAUCCUAUGCAAGCCUUUAAUCCCAAUUUAAACAACAGCAUGAUGUUUGGUUACAUUUACAGCAUGAAGAGCUCAGGUGUUGACAUUGACUCUGAUAUUGAGAUUAAAAAUAUAGCAACCGAAUGGCUUCCGCUCAAUGCAAUGGCUUUAUUGACUAGUAUCUCAUUUGACGAACCAACCGCAAGACUGGUGGUAAGUGGACGUAUCAGUGCUCUCAAUCGAGAUAAAUUGGCCAUGGCAGCACGCGAUAUGACCUCAGUCAAUCUUCAUUUUGGCACAUUUGCUUUUGACAAAUCCAAGCAUUCAUGGUACAGUAGCUUUAAACAUGGCAACAAGGGUAUAUCAGGCACUCUACAGAAACUGCAACUCAUUCAACAAUUUGGACGAGGCAGUCAUCACCAAGAAUUUCUGAUGGAAAUCACUCCAUCACAAAAGGGAGAAUAUUUCAAGUAUAGAGCAAGUGAUCAAGGCCACCAAGAUAUUCGUUGGGAUGGUAAAUACAAGAAUAAGUGUAGUAUGGGACUCGUUUUUAAUAACAGAGGCAAAGACUAUCUGGACGAGCUUGUUGAAAGUACUAUCUUGUUGUAAAUAAACAAAAUAUUUUUGUGUUGUCUAUUUCCAUUUCAAGGUUUUAUUGAUAUAUGCUCUUUUUUUUUUUUUUUUUUUU